AUGUGCUGCACCAGGCCGCCUCAUGUUUCAGUUGAGCUUAUCACCGAUCCCGAAUGUUGGUGCCGUUUGGUGAUUGCCUACGAACCUGUCUGGGCAAUCGGGACUGGAAAGACAGCGACGGCCUCCGAGGCACAACAAGUACACGCUGCUGUUCGGAAUUGGUUACUCAAGAAUGUGGGUCCAUCGGUGGCCAAACACAUGCGCAUUAUUUAUGGAGAGCUUAUCACCGAUCCCGAAUGUUGGUGCCGUUUGGUGAUUGCCUACGAACCUGUCUGGGCAAUCGGGACUGGAAAGACAGCGACGGCCUCCGAGGCACAACAAGUACACGCUGCUGUUCGGAAUUGGUUACUCAAGAAUGUGGGUCCAUCGGUGGCCAAACACAUGCGCAUUAUUUAUGGAGCCCAGAAACGAUUUCGCUCUUCUUGGGGCGAAACCGAUGGGCGCAGGCCCCGAGUUUUCGUCAGCCUUAUGUUCUGCUUAAAUCAAAAUCGCUGGGUUCAAAGCUCUGUGACAGCGAAAAAUUGUCAUGAACUUGCCGCGCAACCGGAUGUAGACGGAUUCUUGGUGGGAGGAGCAUCACUCAAACCGGAUUUUAUCGCCAUAUGCUCUGUGACAGCGAAAAAUUGUCAUGAACUUGCCGCGCAACCGGAUGUAGACGGAUUUCUGGUGGGAGGAGCAUCGCUCAAAACGGAUUUUAUCGCCAUAUGUAAUGCCAGAUCAAUUUGA